UAAUGGGGUUGCCAGAACCUCGAAUCUCCAACAAUACUCGUUGAUCGUCCCUUCUUGUUUAAGCGCCAAUAUUUUCUCUAAAAUCGAGUCCUCCUGGGAUGGCCGAAAUCGUUCCAACAGGCGCCCCUUUAAAUCAUCCCAACUCCUGAUUAUCUGCCAGCUAUCUUUCCAUUGGAACCAAGCUAGAUGCUCUCCUUCAAAGCAAAUUGCCGCCACCUCUAUUUUCUCCCGGUCGGACAAGAAAUUGAUGGUAAAAUACUUCUCCGCUCUGAAUACCCAUCCAUCUGGAUCUUCUCCAUUGAAUGAAUUUCCAGUUUUCGGGACCGAUUCUCCUCCUUUCAUACAUCUUCUCUGCGUUCCUGAUCAUCUGACUUAACUCCGGUUCCAUUAGUUUUGACCACCCGUCCUUCAGGGGUGAGAUUAGGUGAAUAUAAUGAUUCACAUGACUGGCAACAAUUCUCUCAGAAGUCAACUUUUACCAGGGUGUACAAAUUUUUGGGACUCGGUCAAGUUUGGUUAAUUUCAGGGAGAAGGUAUGAGUAGCAUCGAACCUACCGUUAGGAAAAUUAAGGAUCUAUGUGUCUUCAAAGAAAGUGGAUUGAUGCUGUUGGCUCUAGACAGCAGCCAAAUACCAUCUUACUUGAUACCAGACUUUGGACCCGCUUCAAAGUGGUGUUCUUAUAUAGAGAAUUUAAUGGAAAAGCUUGAGGAGAAUGCACAGACUACUAUUUAUGAUGAUUACAAAUUUUUGACAAAAGCAGACCUUGCGAAACUGAACUUAACUAAUUUAAUUGGUACCAAUCUUCUAAAAGCCUCCAUGCACGGUUUCUUUAUCGACUAUCUGCUGUACCAAAAGGCAAAAGAUUUGGCAGACCUUUUGCUUAUAUAUCUUAUAUGGAGAAGCGAAAACAGGAAAAAUUGGAAGCUUUACGAGCCUCUCGAAUUACGCUCAAGAAGAGGCUGCCAAAAGUUAACCGAAAUCUGGCAGCCCGACUUCUUAAAGAAGAAGAGGCUCAAACUGAAAAUAAGGAGGCUGAUGGCAUUGAUACACAGAAAAUAUCUGAUGUUAAGAUAACAACUAAGAAAAAGAAAGGUCUCACCAGUGAAGUUCUCAAAGAUGAGUGGUUCACAGAGAUGUUUGAGAAUAAGAAGCUGAGGAUGCCAGUGACAACAAAUCCAGUGGGAAAAUUACGAGUUCCAAGAUUCUACGAAAUGAAGGACGAGCGACAUGCAGAAGCAUUUUCGAAGGGUGUAUCUCUUGCCGAGGAGAUUCCUCUUCCUAUGGGAGAAAGGGUGAGAAAAGAGCAGCAACGAGCUUCAAAGCAUGAUGUCAAGCUAGGAGGAAAAGAGUCACAAGAAAUUUCUUUUAAUCCUAGAAGUUCGAAAAAGUACGUGGAGGAUAACAAGGAUAAGGAAACACGACGUGGGAAGAGAAGAAUACAAUCACUGAAUCUAUGAGACGGAUCUGGUUCCCAAGGCGGAGGGGGGUUUCGUGGGAGAGGUAGAGGAAGAGGAAGAGGGUGUCGAUGAAGUUGAGCUCGUCUGGAGAAAAUUCUGCUGCUCAGACCGAUGUGUAUGCCAACAAUGCAAGGAGCCAAUAAGCAAAUGAAUUAAGUCAUUUGUACUUGUUUGUUGACACUUUGAGUUACCCGACCCUACCACUUCUCUCACAUGAGGUCUGGUCCCAUGUAGAGGUCAUGAUGUGGGUUCCGACCCCCAUGUGAGAGGAGGAGGUGGACCCGAGUAAACCAAAGUGUGAACAAACAAGUAUAAGUAACUUGACUCAUUAUUUUUCUCAAUUCUUGCUGAAGAACUGAGUGUUAAAAGUAAAAAUGAUAGUGAAUGACAUUAUGACAAAAACAUCAAUGCUCUUUUGUUGUAAUUCGUUACGUAUCUUUUUGUUGAAAUGUAGUAAGAAAAAUCAUCGA